AGUGUUGUCCCUCUGGCGUGGUGGUCAGUUCUCGGGCAAACUAAUUAGCCGACCAGUCCAUCACUUCCGCAGGAUCUUUUGGUGGAACUUCUUCCGCGAGCUUACUGUCGCCGGAAAACAUCUCAGAGCUACCAACAGCAGCAUCACCGGCGUGAGACAAAGCUGUCUAGCUGAGUCUUCUGCUGACAGUUACCUGCCCCAUACUGUUUUUUCCCUCUACCUCUAUCUCGCAAGCCCAACAGAUCUCGAAGUGGGCCUGUUGGCAUUUUCUGGUGUCCGUACCACCCGACUGGUCUCAACGGAAUACCGCCCACGACCACCGCUGACAUUGAGGCCACCAUACUAGAGUUUAGAACACGAUAUGUUGUGCGCCGUUUCUCAAUCUCGGUGAUCCCGCUUUGAAGCUGCAAGCAAUUGAGGGUGAUGCUCGAGCGGGCUUCCGGAUGUCUCGAGAACGCAGGGCAGCGUCUCCUCCGGGACUCCAGUGGGCCAAUUCGCAGUCGAAAAUCGCUGCACCCGCGCUUCUGGAAUUAUAAAACUACGGAGCCAGACUAUUCAUUAUGGUCCUUGACCCCUAUCCAGGGUUCGGGAGGACGUUCGCCUCGCGUCUUGAGGUCUGCCCAACGACCGAGCUCUGCUUCCGAGGAUGCGAAUAGUCCCUUUUUGGAUUUUUUGUACCCUCCACGGACGCGAGACUUUGCAGCCUCCUGGCUGGUACGUCCGGGAAGACGAGUUGCGGUGCGGAAGAGGAGACAGUUGAUACCAAACGUGGUACGACCUUACACUUCCGAGGCCAUUCACCUUCUCGAAGAUAUCCCAAAGCCCUUCUCAAACGCGGAAGUCGCUGUUCCCCAGAGCCAAGAUGACAAGGAAAAGCAGACAGCGGAAUUGCUGAAGGUCCUAGGUGCCAACUCCCUUCCAGACUAUGACAAGGCAUGGAGGCUCUAUGCAAACUCGGGACAAGGACCGGAAUUACUUUCAAAUCUUCUGCUAUACCUGAGCAAUUCAGAAAGGAGAGUCGAUCGAAGACGUAUGAGACGACUAUUCGACAGGAUCCCGCUGAACGACCGUCCUCCCGAGGCCUACACGCACAUGAUCAAGUCGCUGUUGCGCUCUGGGGAUCAUACGGAUGUAAGAAACAUAUGCAAGGAAGCAAUGUCAAGGGGAAUUGGAACUCAGUCAUGGACCAUCGCGUUUACCUUCUUCGUCGAGACAAGGAGGUGGGAAGAGGCGCUGGCUUUAUGGGGAUUUCGGCCUCAUGAAUUAGAACAUAACCCGUCACAUGCUGCGCUGUCCGAGCUUCACUUCUCGCCAGAGCUUCCGCGUUUGGUUUUGGCGUAUGCUGAAUAUCUUAAAGAGAAAGGGGAUGGUAAUGAGAACGGCGAAGCCGCAUCAUUAGCUCAGUUCCUACUCACUUUUCUCUUCAAGUCGCCCGAUAUGAUGCGAAACAUGGCCAUAGAGACGACGUUGCAACUGAACCGGGUUUUCAAGCAGUUAGACCUCCUCAAACCCACUCACUACUUUGAUGCUAUAGAGACUCUACUCUUGGCUGAGGUCCGGUCGACGGCCGUGAAAUCAGUGGUUGUCUAUAGGAAUUUCCGCUUCCUGAUCCCUGAUCAAAAACCUCCUCAGAAACUCCUAAGAAAGAUGCUAAGAAUACUGGCUUCCUUUGAAGUUUCGCAGAGCGUUCUCUAUUUGCUUGACGAAUACGCGGCCCUCUAUGGGAAACCCGACAUUGAGGCCUACAGACAGGCACUAUUGGCUUUCGCUAGAGUUAGCGACGUUGAACACGUUUACGAGGUCUUCGAACGACUGUUAAAAGAUCACGGAAACCCCCGAAGCCGAUUCCUUCUGACCCCACUGCUCUAUGUACACGCCAAAUCCGGGAGGGUGGACAGUACACUGCGCGAAUUUAGAAGAAUAUCCGAGGAGUUCGACAUGCAGCCCAACACCGUGUGCUGGAAUAUCGUCCUUACGGCCUUUGCAAAUGCGUGGGAUAUUGCCGGUGCUUUCCGCACAUUUGAGCGUAUGCUGGAAAGCGGUGUUGAACCAGAUUCUCACAGCUUUGGGACAUUGAUGGGACUCUGCGCGAAUAAGGGUGAUCUGGACGGUGUUCUCCACCUGUUUACAGUUGCUAAGGAGCGACAAGUGAAAAUUACGACCCCUCUCAUCGACACGAUAGUCGAGGCUUGCUGCAAUAACCAGAAAUUAGAAGAUGCAGAAACUGUGGCAGAGGCUUGUCUGGAUCUGAAUGUUACGGGGUCACGGGUUCGGAUGUGGAACAUGCUCUUAUGGAGUUACGCGUGUAGAGCCGACCUGAUAUCCAUGUCAAGAAUCCAGUCUCGCAUGCAAGCAGCUGGUAUUCAGCCUGAUGGUAUGACCUACGCAGCUCUUAUGCUGAGCCUAGUAGUCAUCGGAAGGCCUGACUCUGCUCGACGUCUUUUGAGGACUCUUCAUCAGAGUCACCGCAUGCACGCCAUUGAAUUUCACUACGCCAUAGUCCUAUUUGGAUAUGUGAAAGCCAGGAACCGUGACAUGGUAUAUGUCAUCUAUCGUGAGAUCCUUGAACGUUUUGAGAAGCCUGGGGUUAGUUCGCGGCUUCUAGCUUUCAAGAGUGUCAUCGAACGUGACUUGCAAUUGAUCAGGGAAGGUCGUGGAUCAAAAGAUGGUACGAAGCCACGUCUAGCGAAAUCCGAGGCUUUUCUGGCAGAGACCAUUGCCGAAUACGACAUGAACAGUUUGGUCUCAAAGCAUCCGCAGCACGGGUCGACUAGGCUAUCUAUCAAAGAAGCAUUCCCUUCCAUGUACUAUGAAUAUAUCAUCACGGCAUACGGUGCGGCAGGAGCCAUGGAUAGGGUAAAGGAAUUGUUCGACGAAUACAACACGGUCGUGCCCGCUCUCACUCAAGGCCAAGCCGACCAAGCCCCUCCACUUCGUCUACUUUCUUCUUUGAUGUUCGCGCACUUGAAGGCCGGGCAAUAUAGCAAGGUUGAGGACUGUUGGAAGAUGGCCUCGGAACGAGCUCUGGAAAUAUCUAAGCGCCCGGCCGUUGAAUCAUGGAUUCCGAAGACGAGGCCAACAAUAGAAGCGCCUCAGCAGCCCCCUCAACCUUCAUUGCCUGGCUCCGUUCAGAGUCAAGGGACACUGGUUCUGGAUUCUCCAACCAGACUAAUGGAUGAAACUGAUGCGGCAACACCUAUACUGCAGUCACGCCGCUUCAUACUGUCAAGAUGCCUGUCUCUAUAUAUGAGAUCCUUGGCUUAUCGAAACCAGACACGGAAAAUCUCGGACGUCAUCGCGGAUAUCGAGAGCGCCGGGUUUUCCUUAACGACCCACAACUGGUCUACCUAUGUGCAGAUGCUUACCACUUCCGAGAGAAGCUCUGACCAGUUUAAGGCGUUCACCAUUUUCGAAGAGAAGUUUAUGCCUAAUUUCCCUGGGUGGAGGGCUCUUCGUAAAGGAUUUGGCGUCAGACCAGAAGGAGUGCCUGCGACAAUCGAUGAAGUGGAAGAUCCUCGAAGGGGGCACCUUCGCGGAUAUCUGGGUAAAGCCGGGCGCAAAAUCUGGAGCAAAGUGCAACCCGAUUUCAUGCAGCCUACGUACAUCACUAUGAUCUAUCUCAGUUCCGCCUUACUUGACUUCCGCGAAAGGAGCAUCGUUGACGGUGGCGCCGAAUUGAGGGCAUUAUAUACGGCCGCUCCACAGACUAUCCAGGCGAUUGCUGAUAUGCCCUAUCUUCGAGACAAAUUUCAGGGUGUUCUUCUCCGUCGCCGCGAAGAGCGUGGUGACAAGACGGCUACUAUGGAACCAUAUGAGUAUUUUGUGUGGACUGGUGGUGUUCUCGGCGUCGAAGGCCAGUCCCGAAUUGUUACGGAAUCAGGUGAUCUUGAGACACUGGAUGACGAGGCAGUGAUUGAGAAGGGAGAUCCUUCUGCAUUUGCAUCACAGCAGCCUUCUGAGAACGGCCACGCGAGCGAUUCAUUUGAAGAAGACUCGGAGGCGGAUCAUAAUGAGGCGCAGUCGAUUCAUAUCAGCGAUGCAGAAGCGGUUGAGACUCCAAGGGAGACACUUGCCGUUCAAGAUGAACAGGACAUGGAGGCAGAAACUCUCCUGCAUAACAAGCGCCGGAAUUCAGACACUGAUGUUUUCCAGCAAGAUGGUUCAGUGGAGUUUGACAAAGGACAACGCUGGAUUGACAUUUUGUCCUUGAUCCGGUCCGAGCGUGGCCUCCGCGACAAACAGCCCGUCGAGAAGGGUGCGGAGAGGAAGUCUCUCACCGACCAGUCCACGACCGCUGACGGUUCAGAAGCCAACUCUUCAGCUACAUUGAAUCAUGAACGGAUGAAUGAAGAGCUGUGAUAUAAUACUUACUUCUUUUUGUACUCUACUAACAUAUCUAUUUGUCUUUGAAUAUCUCAUCUCCGAUUAGCCUAGAGUGCCGGUCUAACUAUGAUGGAUAUAUCCUUUCUGUGCUGUAUAUAAACAUAAACCCUGGUCCAUAUUUCUCCAACGACCCAGUACACUUUUCCGACUAAGUCCUAUCCUCGUACAUGGUAAGGUAUUUCGAGAGCCUGAUCAUAUGCCCUCGUCAUUCUUUUUUGAAUGGCCAAGUGGUGCGUUGAAGUGGUCCUAAAAUCUACAAGCAGAUAGCUACAUAAGCGUCAGCUCAUAGACCAUUAAGAUAUACUACUAAUAGAUAGUCA